UACGUCCGGAUUUUCUCUUCAGGGAUUGGAGAUAUCGAAUUGAACCGGACGCCCUCCCUGCGCGCAUUCAUCCAGUUUCACUCGGCCGACAGACACCUUCACCCAUUUCCCACCGUCGGGUCGUGCAGCCGCCAAAAGCUCCGUCGUGCUCAGCCGCUGCUUCAGUCGAGCUCGUCGCUUCCGCAGCGAAGCUCCGUCCCUCGAGUGCCGUUGCCGUUGAUCGUCCUCCUCCGCGUCCCUUCUCAGGAGUGGGAAGGAAGGGUGAAUGCUCCAUGUCCAGCACAGUGACAGCUUCAAUUCGAGAAAGUGUACGGGAUAUGGCUAUUGGAAAAAUUAAAAGUAAUGAGAAAGCUGACCGUGCAAUUUUCAAGCAGGCCAUUGACCAGAGAACUUGGAUGGUUCUCUUCAAGAUGCUCAACCGUCAAGUAUUUAAUGAUAUAAAUGGUUGCAUUUCCACUGGCAAAGAAGUAUCUUAUCAUCUACAGAAAAUGUCUAUCAUGCAACAAAAGCUGACGGGCAAGAAUUGGCAAUCAAAGUCUACAGGACUCUGGUGCUGGUGUUCAAUCGUACAUACCGAAGACACUAGAUUCCAAUGUAAUGUGGAAGAGGACGUGAUUCGGAUAACAAGUGGGAAGGACACUGGAGACAUGUACUACAAGACUAUUACAGGGUUACAUAAGGCUCUCAUGAAGGAGGACGCUAAUGCUAUAGAAAAGCCGACCAAUCCUGGCGAUAAUACUAAAGCUUGCGGCAGCGAGUCCAAGUCCUAUACAGAUACAGAUGAAGAUUCAGAAGGAAAUGAGUCAGCUUCCAAAACUGAGGUGCAGGCUACUGUUGACGAGAAGGCUGCUAGGAAGGAGAACAAAAAGAAGGUCAGAGAGUAAAAAAAGCGACGAGAGGAGAAACAAAGUCCCCAUGGCUUUGAAGAAAGAAGGGAGAAGUUGGCCAAAGCCCACGAGACUAGGUAGUCAUUGCUAUCCGUCGUAUAUUAAUACGUGUUUUUUGGCAUUUGCCAAUAGUGAGAGAGAGUCACUUGUUGGAUAAGUUUAAUUUACCAGAUGUGGAGAUGGCUUUGCACUUUUCAGCAGUAGCCCAGUUUUAGCCGAGAGUAAAGCGAGAGGGAUGAGUUUAUGCUGUUUUGUAUUGUGUCAGGGUGUCUUUACUAGAUGAUGUUGGUAUAUUGUUCCAAGGUAAAUUGUAUAGCAGCUUCUGUUUUUUUUUUUUUUUCCGCUAGUUAGUAUAAGGAAGGAGGUCUUGGUAAGAGUUGGCCAUGACCUAAUAGUUUCUAUAUGUUUGAUUGAGAAUGCUUGGCUGGCUUGGUUUGGAAUUGCUAUCAUGAGA